CUUGGAAGUGUUUUAAGUAUGUGUACUUAAACUUAGUGAUUUUUAAGGUUGUCUUGAUGAUGGGUACGAGGAAGAAUAACAACGUUGGAUUUACUACCAGUUAUGAUUAUUCAUUCAAGAUUCUACUUGUUGGAGAUUCUGGUGUUGGAAAAAGUAGUCUUCUUCUCAGCUUUAUUUCUAAACAUCCACCUCAAGACCUUUCACCUACUGUUGGUGUGGACUUCAAAAUCAGGAUGCUAACGGUUGGCGGCAAGAGGUUGAAGUUAACAAUUUGGGAUACAGCUGGACAAGAGAGGUUUGGGGCAUUAACAAGCUCAUAUUAUCGAGGGGCUCACGGAAUAAUACUAGUGUAUGAUGUAACAAGGCGAGAAACCUUUACAAACUUAUCGGAAACCUGGGCGAAGGAUAUUAAGUUUUACUCCACGAAUCCCGAGUGUAUCAAGAUGCUAGUUGGGAACAAAGUUGAUAGGGAGAGUGAAAGGGCUGUAACGAGAGAAGAAGGCCUGGCAUUUGCCAAGGAGCACAAUUGUUUAUUUCUUGAAUGUAGUGCUAGGACGAGAGAAAACGUGCAACUGUGUUUUAAAGAUCUCACACUGAAGAUACUGGAUGUACCAAGUCUAGUGGAGAAAGGUUCUGCAGUAGUGAAAAACCAACUCUUGAAACAGAAAGAAGUGCAUAAGUCUCAACGGAACGAAAGUUGUUGCUCCUAGCUAGUUGAAAUACUUGCUACAUGCAACUGUGAGUAGAUGUCGUAAACUUGCUAUACUCAUUAGUCAUUACGAGGAUGUGCAGUCGAAGAACAAGUUCAUCAUACGAUCUAGUGAAGGUGCUUUCUUUUUUUGUGCUGGCCAUAGCUAGAUUUUGUUCGUGUAUGAUGUAGAUAUGAAAAUUCUUUUUUUUUUUUUUGCUCAUUUGUUAAAAUCUUUUACAAGAAAGGUGUCAUAAUAGCGCCGCUAUAUCUCACGGGGAGAUGUAGAAGUUUUGUACCAAAACAAUUUUGUGGCUUAUAGAAAGUUCAAAUUUUUUUAAAAAAAUGUACAAGAUAAAUGUGUUAUAGUG